AUGGUUCUCAAACGCAAACGUUCGGAUAGCGAGAUAUCUUGCAGCAGCUCUUUAUUAUCACCACCACCAGAGCAAUCCAAUUCUAUGGUGAUGGAUAGCUUCCAAUCACCGCAGAACAGGAUCUCAACUCCUUCUUUGUUCUCUUCCAGAACCAGAAAACGUCACCGCGACAAUCGUCCGUCAGAAGAAGAUGUCCACCAACAUACAUUAUCUAUGCUCUAUACCGCACAACGCAAUAAUCACGCUUCAAAUGUGCAUAUACCCGGGUCUUCCGCGUCUGCGUUACCCGUGCCAGUGAUACCUUCGAGCGAUAAACACCCAGCACGACAAUCGAGCCUGCAUUCGUUUUGGCGACUUCCUCCCAAUCCGCGGCAAGCGUCACCAUCAAGUAUCUUUUCGAAUUCCGCGAGUACGAGCCCUCUCACAUCAUCCGCCAACAGGGCGUUUUUCGAAGCAUCAAAUUGCGAGGAUUGCGAUGCCUCUUUGAAUCCAACAGAUGACGGAAACGCGAUGGACGUGGAUAUGGCGAUGGAUACCACUAUGGAUGGGCAAUUGUCUCACGCGUGCACGGCUUGCGGAAAACAGGUGUGCCAUAGGUGCGCCAUCAGCAACCUGGGCGCAGAUCGGAAAUGCCUCAUGUGUGCUGGAUCAAAGAAACAGCAAUGGGUCGGUGGACUUGGAUGGAUGAAUACAAAUUAA